AUGGCGCUGCCCAGUGGCUACUCCAUCAACUCAGCCGCUGCCAAUGACAGUAAGAACACUGAACCUCUCAUUGGGAGUGUUGAAGUUCCUCCUCGGUGCUGCUCGGCCCGCUUCAACCUCGCCUCCAUGAUAUUCCUCGGCUUCACUAUGGUCUACGUUCUCCGUGUCAACCUCAGCGUCGCCAUAGUAGCCAUGGUGAACAACACCGCCCCAGAUCCAGCUGGAAACCACUCCGUAAUUGACAUUUGUCCGCUACCAUCCGGACACAAGAACACCAGCGAUAAUUUCCAGCAGCCUGCUGGGGUCCCUCAGUACAACUGGGACUCUAAGACUCAGGGCUGGCUGCUCGGGGCUUUCUUCUUCGGCUACCUGUGCACGCAGAUCCCGGGCGGCUACCUGGCCGGUCAAUACGGGGGGAAGAUUUUCCUGGGUUUGGGUGUGCUGUGCACAGCUGUCCUCACUCUGCUCACCCCUCUCGCUGCCAAAUGGGGGUCGUACUGGCUGUUUGCACUGCGAGUGCUGGAGGGCUUUGGAGAGGGCGUAACGUACCCAGCAAUGAUGGCAUUGUGGACUCGGUGGGCUCCUCCUCUGGAACGCUCUCGCCUGACCACCCUGUCGGCAUCUGGGGGCAACUUUGGCGCCUUUGUGGCCCUGCUGCUCACCGGCUACAUCUGCCAGAUGCUGGGCUGGCCUGCCGUUUUCUACAUCUGUGGCAGUGCUGGUUGCCUCUGGGCAGUCUUUUGGUUUAUCUUUGUGUCAGAUGACCCUCGCACUCAUCGCCGAAUCAGCGAAGAGGAGAGAGAUUACAUCAUCAACUCCAUCGGACCGCAGGGUACAGGUCAUGGCUGGUCCUUGCCCUUUCUGAGCAUGGUACUGUCUAUCCAUCUGUGGGCCAUCUUCAUCACCCAGAUGUGCUCGACAUGGGCCUUCUACACGCUGCUCACAUCCCUGCCCACCUACAUGAACGUCAUCCUGCACUUUGACCUGCAGACGAACGGCUUCCUGUCCUCUCUGCCGUACCUGGGCAGCGGGUUGAGUGUGUGGCUGUCUGGAGUCGCAGCGGACGCCCUCAUCGAGCGGCGAGUUUUCAGUGUCACUGUCGUCCGCAAAAUCUUCACACUUGUAGGUCUGUUGAUGCCCUCGGUUUUCCUUGUGGCUGUUAUUUACGCCGGCUGCAACCACAUUCUCAUCGUCACCUUCCUCACACUGUCUUUGACCUUGGGAGGGUGCAACACCGCCGGAGUCUUCAUCAACCAGAUAGACAUCGCUCCUCGGUAUGCAGGAUUCCUGUUUGGAAUCACCAACACCUUUGGGAGUAUUCCAGGGGCGGUGGCACCGAUUGUAACGGGAUACUUUACUGAAGACCACACUCUGGCCGGCUGGGCGAAAGUCUUCUGGGUCGCCGCUGGGAUCAACGCGGGCGGUGCCGUCAUUUACACGUUAUUUGGCAGCGGCAGGGUCCAACCAUGGGCCCUCACUGAGGAGGAGCGAGCUGAAGCUGAGAGGAAUAGGAACAGGUCCAUCUCACAUUAAAGCAGAAAUAUGCAUCAGCAGCAGAGCCUUUACUCAGGCUUUAAAGACACGUAUACGGUUAGC